AUGACCGGUAAUGAAAAGACGGAGCAAAUCGUCUACAUCAGCUGCGUAGAAGAGGUACGAUACUCCUUCGUCAGCCACCUCUCGGACGCUCUCACCCGAAAAGGCAUAGAUGUGUUCGUGGAUAGCGACGAUCUGCGGUCCGAGGAGGCGCAAGAAAUUGUCAAGAGAGCUAGGGUUUCCGUGAUGGUUUUACCCGGAAACCUCGAGCCCACCACGGCAUGCCUUGGCAAGCUAUUGCGGGUCCUCGAGUGCAAGAGGAGAAUCGACCAGAUGGUGGUUCCAGUUUUGUACGGUAUCGGAACAUUAGAGGACGAUUGGCGUCGCACGCUGCAGAAGAUUAGCGGUUUGUCACAAGGCCACCAGUCCAGUAUCAAGUACAUGUCUUUAUUGCUUGAGCAAAUAUGGCGCAGGAAGGAAUGCACCGACUCCAAACUUGUAGAAGAGAUUGCUAGAGAUGUGUAUGAGAAUAUCUAUCAUAUUGGACGAAUUGGAAUAUACCCGAAACUGUUGGAGAUUGAACAAAUGGUUUGCAAGCAACAGUCAGGCAUCCGCUGUGUUGGCAUUUGGGGUAUGCCUGGCAUAGGCAAGACAACACUUGCUAAAGCGGUCUUUGAUCAAAUGUCUGGCGCCUUUGAUGCUCGUUGUUUUAUCAAAGACUAUGACAAAGCUAUUCGUGAGAAGGGUCUUUAUCGCGUGUUGGAAGAACAAUUUUUGAAAGAAAAGCCUGGUGCUGGCGGUACCAGUACGAAACUGAGUUUGCUUAGAGACAAAUUAAACAAUAAGAAAGUUCUUGUUGUUCUUGAUGGCGUCUGCAAUCCUUUGGUUGCGGAGUCUUUUCUUAGAGGGUUUGACUGGUUCGGUCCCGAAAGCCUGAUUGUCAUAACCUCAAGAGAUAAACAGGUGUUUCGCCUUUGCAGAGUCAGUCAAAUAUAUAAUAUUCAGGGUUUAAAUGAGAAAGAAGCUCUUCAACUCUUCUCUUUGUGUGCGUCUAUAAACGAUAUUGCAGAGCAGAAUCUCCAUGGGCUGUCAAUGGAAGUGAUUGAAUAUGCUAAUGGAAACCCAUUAGCUCUCAGCAUUUAUGGCAGAGAGCUGAAAGGCAAGAAAGUACUGUCAGAAAUGCAGAAUGAAUUCCUCUCUCUCAAGCGGCGUCCUCCGUCUGAGAUUGUUGAUGUAGUCAAGAGCAGCUAUGACACACUCAGUGACAGCGAAAAGAAUAUUUUUCUGGACAUAGCUUGUUUCUUCAGGGGAGAAAAUGUGGACUACGUAAUGCAACUGCUAGAUGGUUGUGAUUUAUUUCCACAUGUUGGAGUUGAUGUUCUUGUUGACAAGUGUCUGGUGACUUUUUCAGAAAACCUUUUGCAAAUGCAUAAUCUUAUCCAGGAUGUUGGCCGAGAAAUAAUUAAUGGUGAAACAGUGCAUAUCGAGAGGCGCCGCAGACUGUGGGAACCUUGGAGCAUCAAAUAUUUAUUAGAAGAUAAUGAACACAAAACAACCUUAAAACGUGCUCAGGGCACUGAAGACAUUGAAGGCAUAUUCCUAGACACAUUAAACUUAGGUUUUGAUGUCAAGUCUGCUGCCUUCAAGAAUAUGUUGAACCUUAGACUGCUGAAAAUUUACUGUUCCAAUUCUGAGAUCCAUCCUGUAUUCAAUUUUCCUAAGGGCGUCCUCCAUUCCCUUCCAAAGGAGCUAAGACUCCUCCAUUGGGAAAACUAUCCUCUACAAUUUUUGCCUAAAAGUUUUGAUCCCAUGCACCUUGUUGAAAUCAACAUGCCGUACAGCCAACUUCAGAAACUUUGGGAUGGAACCAAGAACCUGGAGAUGUUGAGGACGAUCAGGCUUUGUCAUUCCCAGCAACUAGUUGAUAUUGAUGAUCUCUUAAAAGCUCAAAAUCUUGAGGUAAUUGAUCUCCAAGGUUGUACAAGACUGCAGAAUUUCCCAGCCACAGGUCAAUUGCUGCAUCUGCAAGUUGUAAAUCUCUCAGGUUGCACAAAGAUCAAAAGUUUCCCAGAGGUUCCACCAAAUCUUGAGACACUGCAUCUCCAGGGAACUGGCAUAACAGGAUUACCACUUUCCAUUGUUAAGCCAAAUGGCGGAGAGCUUGAGAGUCUUCUAGCAGAAUUCCAGGGUCUUUCAGAUGCCUUAAAACUUGAGCGUUUAACAAAUCUGGUGAAAUCUAGCUCAGCUAGUCAAGAUCUUGGCAAACUUAUUUGCUUGGAUCUGAAAGAUUGUUCUCAUUUGCGAAGUCUGCCUAACAUGGUUAAUUUAGAAUUUCUCAAAGUUCUUGAUCUGUCUGGCUGCUCAGAGCUCGAGACUAUUCAGGGUUUCCCGCGAAACCUGACAGAGUUAUAUAUUGCUGGCACUGCAGUAAGAGAAGUGCCACAACUUCCUCAAAGUCUAAAACUCUUGAAUGCUCAUGGCUGUGUCUCUCUGAAAUCAAUUGGUUGGGACUCCGAGCAGCUUCCUGUGCAUUACAUGUUCAGUAAUUGUUUUGAUUUAUCUCCACAAGCGGUCAACAAUUUUAUAGCAAAAGCGCUGGCUAAUGUAAAACGCAUGUCAAGAGAGCAUCUGCAAGAACUUAACGAAGGUCUGGCUUUCAGCUUAUAUUCGCCCUCACAUGUGAGUCAACAUUCCACACUUGAUCUGCAACUAGGAUCUUCCGUGAUGACACGACUAGCUCCUCCUUCGAGGAGUACGCUUGUGGGCUUUGCUAUGCUAGUGGAAGUUUCAUUUUCGAAGGAUUUCUAUAAUGCUACUGGUUUUGGUGUUAGUUGUGUUUGCAGCUGGAAAGAUAAGGAAGGCCGCUCUCAUAGGCUAGAGAGAACUUUUCCUUUCUGGGCUCCAGGAGAUCCAAUUUUGAAACUUCAAAAGGAUCAUCUGUUUGUCUUCUGUGAUGUCAAAAUGCGUCCAACUACCGGUGAAGGUAAUGACACCGAUAUCUUGGCUGAUUUAGUUGUAUUUGAAUUCUUUCCUGUCAGCAAGCAGAGGAAGCAUCUAGAUGAUAGUUGCACAGUGACGAGAUGUAAAGUCUAUGUGAUUGAUACUGCAACUGGCAACACCAAUCUUAAGUUGAGUUCACCAUUUUCUUCCUCGAAUGACGGUGAAGAAGUUAUACGCAACAAGCAAACUUGUCAAUCAGAAGGGUAUGGAUUUGUCGAGUUUGUUAAUCGUUCAGCAGCCGAGGAAGUUCUUCAGAGCUCUAGCGGUGUAACAAUGCCCAACGCAGACCAGCCUUUCCGUUUAAACUGGGCAUCUUUCAGUACUGGUGAAAAGAGAGCAUCGGAAAACGGUCCAGAUCUAUCGAUAUUUGUAGGAGAUUUAGCUCCUGAUGUGUCUGAUACUUUAUUGCUCGAGACUUUUGCUAGUAGAUAUCCAUCUGUCAAGAGCGCGAAAGUUGUAAUCGAUUCCAACACUGGUCGUCCCAAAGGUUACGGUUUUGUUAGAUUUGGCGAUGAGAAUGAGCGAUCAAGGGCUAUGACAGAGAUGCAUGGUGCGUUUUGUUCAAGCAGGCAAAUGCGCGUCAGUAUUGCAACCCCUAAAAGAGCUGCUACUUAUGGCCAACAAAAUGAUUCACAAGCUCUGACACUGGCUGGUGGACAUGGAGGAAAUGGUUCUAUGAGUAAUAGUUCACUGUCUGAUGGUCAAUCAAAUAAUGCAACAAUAUUUGUUGGCGGACUUGAUGCUGAUGUUACUGAAGAAGAUUUGAUGCUACCUUUUUCCCAGUUUGGGGAGGUUGUUUCGGUGAAGAUACCAGUAGGAAAAGGAUGCGGGUUUGUCCAAUAUGGUAACAGGCAGAGUGCUGAAGUUGCCAUCGAGAUCUUGAACGGGACAGUCAUCGGGAAAAACACUGUCCGGCUUUCUUGGGGUCGAAUCCCAAACAAACAGCGGAGAGGUGACUCAGGCCACCAAUGGAACGGAGGAUACUCAAGAGGACAUGGUUACAUCAACAGAUACGCUAAUCAGGGACUCAAACAUGUUUGCUAA